CCGGGAUCUGCCCCGCUUUCCCAGGGAUUGUACUGCUGCCGCUCCACUUUGCGCCUCCAGACGUGCCUUCCCCGACCCCUAAGAUGAAGAGGGCGAUAGCUGAAGGAAGCAAACUGCUGAUUUUGGUGCUUUGCUUGAAAAUCCCAUCAGAAGUGGAGUCCUGCCCUGGGGCGUGUGUAUGCUACAGUGAACCCAAGAUCACCAUCAGCUGCCAGCAGCAGGGGCUGACAGCCAUCCCCACGGAGAUCCCCAUCCAGAGCCAGCGCAUCUUCCUGCACAACAACAGGAUAACCCUGGUGAGGGCCACCAGCUUCACCUCCUGCCGCAACAUGACCAUCCUGUGGAUCCACUCCAACAACAUCAGCCUCAUCGAGCCCGGGGCCUUCUACGGGCUCACCAAGCUGGAGGAGCUGGACCUCAGCGACAACACGAACCUGAAAUCCAUCAACCCUGUCACCUUCCGGGGGCUUGUGCACCUCCACACCCUCCACCUGGAUCGCUGCGGGCUCCUGGAGCUCUCCACAGGGCUUUUCCGAGGGUUGUUCUCCUUGCAGUACCUCUACCUUCAGGAUAAUAACCUCCAGAUCCUGCUGGAUGACACCUUCAUCGACCUGGCGAACCUCACGUACCUGUUUUUGCACGGGAACAAGAUCAAGAGCUUGUCAGAGAACGUCUUCCGCGGACUGAUCAACCUGGACCGGCUGCUGCUGCACCAGAACAGGGUGAGCGUGGUGCACCGGCGCGCCUUCCAUGACCUGGGCAAGGUGAUGACCUUGUACCUGUUCAACAACAACCUGACCGUGCUCACGGGGGACACCAUGGCCCCCCUGGUGUCCCUGCAGUACCUGCGCCUCAACGGCAACCAGUGGAUCUGCGACUGCCAGGCCCGCUCACUCUGGAAUUGGUUUAAGCAGUUCAAGGGCUCCUCCUCAGAGCUGGAGUGCCACCUGCCCCCUCGCCUGGCAGGGCGGGACCUCAAGCGGCUGCAGAGCUCCGAGCUGGACAGCUGCGUGGACUCCUUCAACCAGAUCCGCACCAGCGUUUUCAGCACCAAAACCAGGUCGGGGAAGCUCCCGACGGGGCUGCCCCCGCUGGGCUCCCGCGACGGCUCCUCCAAGUGCUGCCAGCCAGAGAUGGACAAGUCCUUUAUUUACGAGGCCAAGGGCAAGGCAGGGCCCUCCUCCCACAGCAGCCGCUCAUCCAACAACCACCUCAAGGAGAAGGAGAACAUGUCUAGGCCCAAGUACAUGGAGACGGACCCUUCCAAAAACGGCAGCAACAAGCAGAUAAACGAUUCCCCCUUUGGGACCUUCCCCAGCAUUGUAGACCCUCCUUUGACCAAGUUGAGACCUGAAUUUCUAGAGCCCAUUGAACCUUCCACAGUCCCAACCAAAAAGAGGCAGGGCUGCUCUAAAAAGAACAGAUCAAAGGCCCAGUGCCGCCUCACCCAGCAGGGGAACAGCUCCACGUUACAGCUCAGCCUAAGCCUUUUGAUCCCCCCCUUGGUGUGGAGCUUACUGUUAUUCUGCUAA